AUGGAAGAGUCGUACGAUCUGGUACGUCGGAGGCAUCCAAACGUCCGGUUUCUCCGAGAACGACCAGGGGAGUUCUGCACCCAGCUUCGUUCGCUCGUCGGAGAGAAAUGGGAGGAAAGAGCGAAAGAAGGAGAGGGUGGCCACGACGAGGAGGGUGGCGAGGCAUUUGUGCUGUUUGCUGUGGAUGACAUGUUCUUCUACCGCGAUUUCAGGUUGCCCGACGCUGUCCGACUGUUAGCAACAGAUCGCCCCGUGGGAGAGCCCAUCGGGAAGGCGGGCGGCAGCGAGGCCUGGUCGCGUCGGCGGCGGCGGCGGCGGCACGCGCCUGUCGUCGCCGCGGCGGAGUUCGGGCUGCUAACCUUUACCCGGGCGCAAGGCACGGGCGAGUGGGACUACCCUUGGGAUCUCACGGGGGGUCUUUAUAGGCGCGACGACGCCGUUGCGGUGUUGGACGGGAUAGUGAGCGCCUACGGCGCGGGGGCUGCGGCAAACCCAAACCUUUUGGAGCAUCACGGGCACACGUUGCUGCUACAGCAGCAGCGGGGGCUUCCACAACGAAAGGCAGUCGCUGGUGCACCCCCGUCCCGCGGGGACCCCGAGACUUCAUCCCCUCCACCCGCUACGACAGAGUCUGGUUCUCGUCUCGCCGCCGUCGCUGCUGCUGCUUCCGCGGCCACUUCUGCCGCACCUGCCGCAGCAAGCACCGUGAGCGCCGCCCCGCGGUGCGGCUGCUCGGGGAGGGCGGUGGUCAGCUCGCUCGCCGUGAACCGAGUGCAAUCCACGUACUCGACGCCCGUGUACGCUUCGCGGGAGGGCGGCGUGCUGGACCUCAACCGCAGGCUCUGGAGUAGUAGCGUCCGACGCCCGUUACCGUCGUCGUCAAGAAUCACAAGAUGUGACGCUGCUGACGUCGAGGCCGAGGACGGCCAAAGUACUGGCCCAGGAGCAGAAAUGGCAGAAGUAGAACCGGCGAGAGGAGAGAGACAGGACCUUGAGAACGGCGACGGCAAGGCCGGGGAUGCCGCUGCAGAAGCCGGAGGUCGAUGUGAGAAGAGGGAACGAAGAAGCGGCCGGGGGGCAGGGUUUGACGGCCGAGCUUACCGCCGGCGCGUGUUCAACUCCGUCCACGUGGGCGAGCUUUGGUUCGAGGGCGGCGGCGACUCGGAGGAGGUCGAGGCCAACUGCGGUGGCGACGACGGGGGUGGGAGCGACGGCGACAAGAGCGGCGGCGGCGGCGGCGACGGCGGCGGCGGCUGCACCGGCCAACACCAGCGCAAGCGCGAAAACACGGUGACCGUCCUUCUUCCCGUCAAGAACGGCGGGGGCCGCCUCCUCGAAGCCGUCGAGAGCGUGGCCGCCUGCGCGCGCCGAAUGCCUCGCGGCUGGUGCUCGGAGCUCCUGAUCGUGGACGACGGGUCGGAGGACGGCGCGGUCGACCGGGUCGUGACGGCGGUGACAGCCGGGGCCGGUGCUCCUGCCGACGUUGCCGGAUGCGGACGGCGGGAGCUGGACGGAUCUCGACAGCACCCGGAGGGUGCAAGGAGGAGGGCUUGCGACAAAGAGAGGGGCGUGAUAGAUGGAUGCGGGGGCGGGGAAGGCGAAAAAGAGUCGUCGGAAGCGGACGAGGGCGGGGUGGGGCACCCAGAAAGUGGUUCGAAUGACUGUUGUGUUGACCGCGACGGUAGCAGCGGCGGUGGCGGCAGCGGUGUUUCGAACGAUGCCAGAGCGGUGGUCCCUGGUGAAGGCGGGACCCCGGGCGUCACGGUGAAGGUUUUGCGGCACGAUCGUACGGUUGGGCUGGCGGAGAGCCUGAACGAAGGGCUGAGGGAGGCGACGAGCGACCUGGUGGCCAGGAUGGACGCGGACGACGUGUGCAUGCCCGGUCGCUUGGAGCAGCAGGUUGCCUUCAUGGUCGAGAACCCGCACGUGUCGGUGUUGGGCUCCUCCGUCUCCAUCUUCAGCGGCGAUUCCGUCCGGGUAGGCGGCGAGCACAAGCGUCAACAGCAGCCGGGCACGGACGCCGCGUCGGUGCGGCGGCACCUCCCGGCAGCGGGCGUGCAGCGCAUCGCGAGGCACCCCACCGACCGGGCCCUUCUAGCCUGGUCGUUGCUGUUCGGCUGCUGCGUGGCCCACCCCUCGGUGAUGCUGCGGCGGGAUCGCGUGAUCGAGGCCGGGGGCUACGACCCAGCCACCGAGCCGGCGGAGGACUACGACCUGUGGUUGCGUAUGGAGGCGUUGGCUCCUGGCUGCGUGGCGAACCUGGGCGAGGCCGCGGCGAUCAGGCGCCCCGAGUGCGCGGCUAGCCCCGGCGACCUGGCGGCGGCGGCGCGACUGCUGGGAGAUCUCGGGGAGGCGGCCACGGCGGCGGUGACCGGGGCGGGGGGCGCCGCAGGCACGGAUGGCGUGGUGGUACCUUCGCAGGUGCGGGACCUCGGCCCCGACGAGGAUGGCAGUCACAACGGUCGAGGCCGCGGACACGACCGCGACUAUGGCCCGGAUGGUGAUGAACGGCGGUGGCAGCAGCGAGAAGAAGAGCUAAUGAUCGCGAGGGACGUGGAGGCUCGGCUAGGCGCGAUGGCGGUGUACGCCAUGAAUCGCUUCGGCGAGGGCGCGGCGCCCGUGCUUGACGAGUGGAAGAGGCGCUUUCCUGACCGGCCUCUGCUCUUCGUGCUCGGAGGGGGUGGGCGUUAG